AAGAGUAAAAGAUAAUCUGCCAAGGAAACUCACCUCGCUAAGUUAUUGCCGCUUUAUAUAAUGGAACAUUUCCGUCUCCAUGCCAAGUGCCAGCCAAAACCAUAGAGCAAUCAGCUUUUAGCCUCCCAAAUGUCUCACGAAAUCGUCCCCGUUGAUCCCACCGAUGUUUUUGUUGAUAUGGAUCCCAUCUUCCCCGAAGAUUCGCCAACCAUCCGCCAGUCCACGAGAUCCGUCACUUCUCAGGAACAAUUUGUGUGGGUACCCUAUGACAGCGAGAAGCUUCCCGAGACGUUAGCCUCAGGGAUUCAAAGGUUUCUUCGUGUAGCUAACUUGGUUGAGUCUGAAGAACCUCGUAUUGCUUAUCUUUGCCGUUUCUAUACGUUUGAGGUAGCUCACCGAAUUGACGCUAGUUCCACUGGAAGAGGUGUACGACAAUUCAAAACUUCUCUUCUUCGAAGGCUUGAGAAGGACGACGAGUUAACUACGAGAAUAAGAAAGGAUAGGAAUGAUAUUAGAGAACUCAAACGUGUUUAUGAUUCUUACUUGGCAUACAUUAUCACACAUGGUGCAUCAUUCGAUUUGGAUAAUAAUAGUCAGCGAGAGAAAUUGAUAAACGCACGCAGAAUUGCUUCUGUUUUGUAUGAAGUUCUCAAGGCAAACGACAAAAGUGGCGCUUACGCACCACCCCCAGAAAGUAUACUAUUAAACCGGGAUGAGGAGACUGGUGAACUACUUGACAUGGUCAUCUCAAUAGAGGACACCCACAAGAGAAAUUUAGAUGGGACCUUUGUCGACGAAAAAGCCGAGUUGAUAGUUGAGAAGUGCAAAGCCCUGGAGGAUGAGAGCCAAACUCACUUGUGUCAAGGCGAUCAUGACUCCAUCCAGUCAAACCAUCUCGCCCAAACUGACAUAGAUACUAUCCACAAAGAGGAAGUUCAAAUAAAGGAAGACAGAAGGUUUGCAGAUGGGUCAAUGAAGGGCGAUGUCAGACCGAGUUCCGCAGUUCCAUCUCUGCUUUACAAAGAUAAAUAUCUUGAGACACAAGAAAAGUUGAACAAGGUGGAGAAGAAGAUUGAGGAGAUGGAGUUGAAACUCAAGGAUGUCGACUUCUGGACUAACGUGAUGCAAAACAUGUUUCCAGACCAAGUACCUCCGUCCAUGAGAGCGAACCAAAUGGAAAACAACAAACAACAAUAAUCCCAUAAACAAAGCCAAUAAAAAAAAUUAUUUUCUAUCUUGUUUUUAUUUAUUUUAAUGUUUGUAAGACAACAAAUAUUAAAAUUCAGUUUUAAAAUAUGUUUCGGAUAUUCAUAUAAUUUACGAACUUUAAUUCUGUUU